UAUGGUGCAAUGUGUUUUAUGCCGACGCCUGUUUCAUUUGGAUUGCCUAAAGAAUGGAAAACCCAGCACACUUGUGGGUGAUGUGUUCUUUGAUCUCACCUGUGCAUCUUGUUCUACUGAUGGCUCAGAGAUUUGCACCAGACAACAUUUAAGCUGGCUGCAAGCUGUGUACUUGACGUUGUACAAUCUGUACUCUACAAGUAGAGGAAGAAAAGGUUACUUUAGAUGGAGGGAAGACAUCUGCCACUUCAUUGACAAACACUGGCAGCUUUUGUUCCCCAACAAAAAAAAGAAGAACACUUGGAAUAGCACAGUUGCUGGCAUUUUGUCUUCAGGAUGCCCUGAGUAUUUCAAGUCAGGACAGAAGGAGUUUAACAAGGAAACUGGAUGGUGGGGAUUACAAGAGAACAUUGCUCCAUCAGUUAAAUUGACUGGGACAGGGAGUGGUAGUUCACGCAAAAGAAGAGGACGUGCUGGUGUUGCCACAGGGUUUGGUGCAAAGAACAGGGAAUCUCAGUUAACUACUGAAAAGUCCCCAAGGAUUCCAGUACAGCCUUUGUGUGCUGACGAAAAUGUCAUUGAGCUUUCAGUUUCUGAGCAUAAAAGUCCAUGUGAUGAUCUUAUGGCCCAGUUAUUAUCGGAGGAGGAUAUGCGGGAACUUGCAGAACCUACACCAGAGAUGGACGCGUUCACAAGUUUGUUCACGGCUGGUUACGAAGACAUGGACGACACUUCUUCACUUUUCACUGGUGAAGAGGAAAAAUCAGAAUUAGACUUCCUUGAUGAGAGAACUGACAGACAGGAGGAUACGGAAUCUUUGUCUUCAACUGCUACUUCAGAGAAGUCAUGUAAGCACCCGCAAUCUGACUCGGUUCAGAGUGAGGCCAAAGGCAAACCUGUUGCAAACAACCUUACAAGUCUUCCUCAGACAAUUGAUAGUCUGGUUCCCGUGUCAGAAGAGAGAGAAAAGGAAUUGCUGCUCAAGAUCAACUCUUAUCCCAAAGCAGUUUAUCAUGAUCCCGUGGCGAGGAGAUUUAGACGAAAAUUAAUAUUGAGACAGAUUAAAAGAUCCAAGGGUUUGAAAUUGUUCGAUCUGGACAAGACAGUUUCAGAUGCUGUGACGUCAACCUUAAGAUAUCAGCUGACCAGUGAUGGUUUUUUCCCGAUUGAGAAUCGCGACAUUGUGCCAUCAGUUACUGAAGAUAACUCGCAAAGAAAGCUUUACAAACAGAGAAUUCUAAAGAAGUCUAAUUCUUCUUCCUUUGGCACGACGGAAAAUGUCCUUGAUAGAUUUUUGGCGGCUCCUCGCAUGCUUCCCGGUUCUCGUCCCAGGACUUGCUCGUUCUUAACACGGCUGAUUGGCGGUGAUUCUCAAACACUGUACAGACCUAUUACCAGUCCUUACACGUCCAGAAUACUUAAGCCGUUUAUCAGACGGGACUAUGAAAGCCGGCCGUUGAAAUUAAAACUGCUGCAAGAAAUAAUCGCUUAUAGCCAUAGGAAUGAUCCUGGGUGGAAGCCAACACAAGUUUCUCCCAUUGAUUACUGCUAUGUACAGCCGCACCAUAUUCCAUCCGUGAAUGCAAUGUGUCGGGAAUUUUUCUGGCCAGGAAUUGAUUUGUCGGAGUGUCUCCAGUACCCUGAUUUCAGUUGUGUAGUUCUUUAUAAAAAAUUCGUGAUUGGUUUUGCGUUUAUGGUCCCCGAUGUAAACUAUAACGAGGCUUACAUCUCGUUCGUACUAGUCCAUCCCGAGUGGCGCCGUGGAGGGAUUGGAACCUAUAUGAUUUAUCACUUGAUUCAAACGUGUAUGGGGAAGGACGUCACACUUCAUGUUUCCGUCACAAAUCCAGCUAUGCUUAUGUAUCAGAAGUUUGGGUUUAAACCCGAGGAAUUAAUACAGGAAUUUUACAGUAGAUAUUUGCCUCAGGAUAGUCCACAGUGUAGACAUGCGUUUUUUCUAAGGUUGAGGAGGUGAACCUUUUCUCAAUAGCUUCCUGCUAUAAAAUAUAUUCAUACUCGAAGGAGAAAUUUCUCUUUGGUCACUGUCUCGGUAGACCUUAUUUCAAAAGAUUUGACAGGGGAGGGGAAGUGAGGGUGUAAAUUUCAAUCAAUGCCAGUCAUUGAAAUUUUGCUUUUGUAUUAUAAAUAUAUUAUCUGCUUGAGGCAUGAUGAAACACCUCUCUUUGUUAACUGGCUUAGACCUCUCUCUCUCUCUUUCUCUCUCGCACUUAUCAAUUACCAUCUUCACUUUGAUGUAUUUUAACGAAAUUUCAGGUUUAAAACAUUCAUUAGAUACCCCCAAUCAUUCAAGAGACAUUAUGAAUGUACGAAACUACUGUACAAGAAAAAGUAUGGCCUAUGAGAUGAAUCCAGUGCAGCUAAGAACAGACAACAACCAUUUUAGUGGUCUGGGUACCAGUUCUAAAUCUUGGACCCCAGAUUACCUAGAGUCCUCGGCACGCGGCCUCUACUGGUGAUCCUCUACAAAAAAAAUCAUACGCACAUUCACAUAUUUAUUUGCAUUACAUUGUAUUUAAAACCUGUUUAUUACAAUAGGAUUCUAGCA